AUGGCGACGGUGAUUGGCAACCUCACCCCCGCGUUUCUUCUGAGUCGACUCGGUAACUCGAGGCCCUGUGUUGUUAAGCUCAGGCCUUGCACUGCACCGGUUUUCAGACGCUCUUUCGCUGCAAUCACUGCUCGUGCUGCUUCCACCGCCUUCAUUGAAGUCGAGUCAAAGGAUACAAAUCCAAUUGUGGUUCAAAAUGAGGUCACCACCAGCAGCAAUAACAUUUUAGCUUGUCCUAUAUGCUUCGACCAAUUUUCAAGUUCCGGUGAUCCGGGCUUAUCUGUCAACUCUGCUUCCGGGUCUAGUUUUCAAUGUAGCACUUGUAAGAAGACUUACUUUGGCAAUCAAACACAUAUUGACCUGACAACAGCCAGCGGCUCCAAGAAGUAUGGUGAAUCAAUGCCGGUUUCCACAGAGCUUUUCAGGACUCCAUUGGUAUCAUUCCUCUAUGAGAGGGGCUGGCGUCAAAGCUUUUCUGUCUGGGGUGGUUUUCCUGGCCCAGAGAAAGAGUUUGAGUUGAUUAAGGAUUUCUUAAAGCCGGUCUUGGGUGGAAAUAUCAUUGAUGCAAGUUGUGGGAGUGGGCUAUUUUCUAGACUUUUUGCGAAGAGUGGAUUAUUUUCUCUUGUUGUUGCUUUGGACUACUCGGAGAACAUGUUGAAACAGACCUAUGAAUUCAUUAAGAAGGAGGAGAAUUUCCCCGAAAAGAACAUAAUUUUGGUCAGAGCUGAUAUUUCUAGGCUUCCCUUUGCUACAAGUUCUGUUGAUGCGGUGCAUGCUGGUGCUGCCCUACACUGUUGGCCUUCACCAUCAACAGGUGUUGCUGAAAUCAGUCGAGUUCUGCGACCCGGUGGUGUGUUUGUUGCAACUACUUACAUACUUGAUGGGCCUUUAUCUUAUAUCCCAUUUUUGGGGAAUAUAACUCAGAGAACAAAGCAAAUAUCAGGCAGCCAAAUCUUCACAUCUGAACGUGAAUUAGAAGAUCUCUGCAAAGCAUGUGGGCUAGUUGGUUAUACCUGCGUGAGGAAUGGGCUCUUUGUGAUGAUUUCUGCUACAAAACCCAGUUAA